AUGCCGUUGUGCCUCUCCACUGUUCUCCUGCGGCUGCUCAUCUGUUUUCUCAGUCUGUCCAAACAGAGGACAGAACAGGCAAGGGGAAGCAAGCGCUUCAGGAACGCCCAGAGAGGCAGGAGCGGCGGGCACGAGGCGGGUGUGUCCCAAACGCUGACGGGCUCGAGACCGCGAGCAGCAACGCGACGGCGAGACAUCCAGCGCGGCCUGGGGGGCGGCGAGAGGAGCCGCCGCCAGAAGAGCGGCUUCCUUGGAGUCGAGGCGGCCUGCCAAGCAGGAGCUGCGAUUCCAUCUCUGGGCGGGGAGGGUCUCCUGGAGGAGGGCGUGGCGCCCACCCCGCCUUCUUGCUGGAGAAUCCCUGGACGGAGGAGCCUGGAGGGCCGCAGCCCUGGGUCGCAGAGUCGCACAGAACCGAGCGCGCAGAUGGAGGUGAAUAAGGUCAGCUGCUCUUUCUGCUGCAGGCCCUGGGUCAGGAAUGGUCACUCCCUGUCCGUGGAAGACUCUGAUCCCCUCACAAACCGGAGCAGCCCCUGUCGUCCUGUGGAGGACGCGCCGGGGACAGGAGCCACUGAGCCCGAAUCCUCCCCGGACGGGGUGCGGCUGAGGGCAAGAACGUAG